UACCGAGGAGGUUUCCCGUUCCUCACGCCUCGUCGCGCGCCCGCCCUCGUCUCCGUCGUGCUUCGCCGUCCUCCAUCCUUCUUCGUCAUCUCCAGUCGCUAUCUUUUUCGAAGUAUUCGGUUCAGGGUGAAGAGCCUUUCAAGAAGGAAUGGCACUUACCAACUUUGUACUGACCGUGGUAGGAGUUAGUGCCGUCAUUCUGAUGAUGAGGACUGAUGUCAAGCAAUCUGCUGCCAUUUUCCGCCGCAAUGCCCGCCAAAUUCGCAACUGGCUUGAGGAAGAAUCCGUUUCUGUCACCAAGGAGAUGGAGAAAGCAAAACCGAAGGAGAUACCCAAGAAAGAUAUCCCCAAGGACGACAAGCAUUAACACACGCGAACUAAGCAAAUUUUAGAAAUAAUGUUUUAUAACAUGGGGUUUUCCAUAUAACAAACCCCACAGAGUUAUAAUUGAGAACUAUAUAUGGAAAACCCUAUGUUAUAAAAGAUUAUUUAUGGAAUUUACUUUGGUUCUUUUUUGAAAAGAUUUAGGCUUGUUUGGUUUGUUUAGAUUUGACUAUGGAGAUCACAUACUUACAUGCUUGUUUGUACAAAAAAAUGACUCCUUAGUCCUAUUCGCAUUUCCAACUCCCUCCAAUUUGGCUACAGCCAUCUCAUCUUAUAAAAUAGACGUCAUCUU